AUGGAUCAAAAACUUUCUCAGUUAGUGGAAGAUCUCACCACAUCAGGAGAACCACAGCUGGAUCCUGAAAAAAUGAAGGAAGUGAAGAAAAUCUGCAAAUCUUCAGAGGAACAUAUCAGUCAUGCUUACCAUUUACUCAUGACUCAAUUGAAUCAAGAACAUGCUGAGAUACGGUUUUCAGCUUUUCAGAUUGUGGAUGAGCUCUUUACCAGGUCACAUCAAUUUCGGACACUAAUUAUUUCCAACUUCCAAGAAUUCCUGGAACUCACGGUGGAAACAGACUAUGAGCAGCCUCUGCCACCCCCAAAAGAAGUAGCUCAGAAACUGAAGAAAGCUGCCCUCAAAUCUGUUACAGAAUGGAAUGAGAAAUACGGAGAUGCCUACAAGAAGCUUUCUCUUGGAUAUCAUUUCUUAAAACAUAACAAAAAGGUGGAUUUUCAGGAUGCUGGUGCCAGGACUUUGGCUGAAAGAAAAAGGGAAGAGGAAAAGCAAAAACGAUUAGACAGCAUCUACAAAGAAAGGGCCAAAAGAACAGAAAAAGAAAUGCAAGAAAUGUCUGAAGAAAUUGAAAUGUGCCUAACAGAGAUGGAGAAUUGCUUCAGGCUGUUAAUGCCCUUUGAUUUUACCGUGAGAGAUGUGGAAGUAGGAGCAGUGGCAGCUGGGGCUUCUAGGGCAGACAGAGCUGCCUCGUCGGUGGCCUUGAACAGUGCAGUUACAUGCCCAGCAUCUGGUUUGAGGCCUGAUGACCAGGAGCAGCCUUGUUGCAGCAAAGACUUACUUCCUCCAUCUUUUUGCCUGGAAGACGUUGGAAACAGAGAUUGGCCAAUGCGGUUGAGACCUCCAGGGCCAAAGGAGGGGGAUCACAGGGAACAUGCAGAAGAUGAUUCUGAUGAUGAUGAUGAUGACGAUGAUGAUGAUGAUGACUAUGAUGAUGAUGAUGAUGACGAUGAGGAUGAGGAUGAAGAUGAGGAUGAUGAGGAUGAUGAUGAUGAUGAUGAUGAUGAUGAUGAUGAUGAUGGGGAAGACUUUAUAAGAAGCCAUGGUCUUGGCUCACAUAAGUACUCUCUGAACUUGGAAAUCCCCACAGAUUUGCAAGUACACGAGAAUGAAGAUAACAGGGCUGUGGUCAACAGUGCUAUGGAUGGACUUAAGCUCAUUAAAAAUAAGUUCCUGCCCUCUGUUCAGUCGUGGAUUCAGCUGUUUACUCGAGCAGGGAUUCAUGAUGAACGUUUGAAACAUGCCAUUGAUCUUAAGAAGAAAUUAGAAAUGGCUGUUGGAAAAUAUAAGGAAAUGAAUAUUGAACCUGAAGGAAGAAAAAGGAAAAGGCGAGCCUUCGAUGCUGACUCGGAUGAAGAUGAAGAUGAAGUGGAUUUUGUGGAGGUCCCAGAGAAGGAAGGUUAUGAGCCCCACAUUCCAGACCACCUGCGGAAGGAGUAUGGACUCGAGCCCCUGUCACAUCCAUCAACUCCAAGUAAAGGAGGAGUAAUGAAGUCAGGAAGUCUCAGCUCAGCUGCUAGGCCAAGGCAUAAUGAAGAAGAAUUGGACCCAACCUGUGCUGCAGCUACCCUAAGAGUACUCCGGGACAGGCUCCCCAAGUUUUCUCCUCUGCCCAGCAGCAUAUCAGGAAGUACCCCAGCAGCUUCUGUGGGAGAGUCUGAUGACAGCAAGACAAGGAAGCUGGCAGAAGAGCGAGCUAGAGCACCUGUGAUGCCCUUUGGGAUGGACCUUUACUACUGGGGGGAGGAACAGCCGACAGCAGGGAAGAUCCUUAAGUUUGGUUCCCAGCAUCGGUUCUGGAAGCCAAAUGAGACAGAAGAGGAAGUAGAGAGUACAGAAAUUGCUGAGAUGUUGAAGAGUCGCUACAUAACCUUUGCUGGCAAAUUUGAGCCUGUGAAGCACAAAUGUGGAGCCCCUAUGCCCAAUGGGAGCCUCUGUGAGAGGCAGGAUCGGCUGAAGUGCCCAUUCCAUGGGAAAAUCAUUCCCCGGGAUGAGUGUGGAAAUCCUAUCAACCCAGAAGACAGAGCCAGAGAGGAAAAGAAGAAAUUUGAGAAGCAGGCACAGAACCCAGAAUGGCAAGACCCAGAGUUUAUGAAGGAGGUUGAAGCAGCUACUGGAGUGGACCUUGGCUCUGCCAGGUAUAGUAAAAAAGGAAAAGAGGGGAAAAGCAAAGGAAAGAAAAGGAAAUAUCCAAAUCUGACUGACUUGAAGCAACAAGCCAACACAUCCCGGGCGAGAAUUGGGAAAAAGGUCUUUGACAAAGGAGCCAUGAAACGGGUGAUAAAGGCCAUGAACCGUAUGGACCAGAAGAAGCACGAGAAGUUUGCCAACCAGUUUAACUACGCAUUAAAUUAAAUUGUCUCCGAACCGAUCCCUGGGAAGACGACACCACCCUGGUGCAACCCAAAUCCAGCAAGCCCUUCCCGUGGGCCCCGCUCCCAGCCCGGCCCUGCUCCGCCUCUCCCAGCCGGCGGCUCUCCUCGUUCCAUCUGCGAGCUCUGAGAUCCGAUCACGAACGCGGCCGGGCGACGAGUGUCGCUACUGAACAUCGGCUGGGAGCCACUCGGACUUGACACUGAACAUGAGUUUUAUGGACUGUCCUGUACAUAUUCCAGUGACCAUCCUGGGGCUGAUGGAGGGACUCUCCCAGGCUCUGGGGCCUGGCCUGGGCCAUUUCGCUUCAUCGAGUGUGUGAAUGCCCACCCCAUGGGGCCCAGUCCCUGGUGCUACCCCGUGCUUGGGACAUGCCAGGCAUGGCAUGGAGAGGGACUGCCGCUUCUACAGGUGCACCCUGCAGCCGAGUUCGACCCGAUGGCGGCCUCCGUUCUGAGCUGGUGUUGGGGCUGGGGGAGACACGCAUUUGUAUCAUAUUGUGCAGGACCACAUUUGUCACUGUGAUGUUCUUUGUAACUUUCCUGAGCCUUACAUGAAUUUUAAAUUAUUAUUUGUAAUAAUAAUUAUUAGUAUUAACUAUUAUCAUUAAUAAAAUGUUUGUUAACAUGAUUUUCUCAUUGUACAUAACGCAUAGAAGCUCCUCUGAAGCCGUACAGCAUUGUAGAAUAAGUCAUGGAAGGCUGGAGAGUUGGGUUCAAGACCCGCUCCACGAUGAACUUUGUGAUCUUGGAUAAGUCGCUUCCCUUCAGUGGGCUUCCGUCUCCUCAUCUGUCUAGUUCUGUCAUCCUGUGUGAGGAAAAUGCUCUAUAAACCUUCAAGUACCAGA